UUUGAUGAUAAAUACCAAGUUUUUCGCCGUGAUUUACGACCCGUGACGUGAUCGAUCGUACUAUUCGCGUCAUCGUCCAUUUCGGCGAAGUGAAGUUUACACUAGUUAGUGACUCUAUAGUUAAAUAAGAUUAAGUUAAUUUUUACGAAUUCCUGCAAUUGUCAUCUCCUGACUCGCUCGUGCAUCGUCGCCUCUCGCUUACCACGUCUAACGUUUGGCUGCCAGCCUCGGGCUCGGCAUUACAGACAAACCAUGACGCGUCCACAGCUCUGUGCUGCCGAUGUCUGUAGCAACCCUGGCGUCAGACACAACAACAAAAUUCAGUGCUACGGCGGCUGCGAUAAGAGUUUUCACUAGAAGUGCAUCGGGAUGACUGCCGGCGGUUCAUCUGCACUUAAGGACAACCCGGGAAUGUUUUGGUUCUGCGAGAACUGUAGAAACAAUUCGCUGUUUCGACUGCAUCGCAAGGUUGGCUACAUCCACGAAUCAGUUGAGGCGUCUCGGAUUCUCCUGAGAAGGGUGGAAACCAACCUCGAGUCAAAAAUUGAAACCUGCUUCAACAUGAUUCGAAACCUCGCCAAGGUGAACUCCUUAUCGAACGCAACUCUCAGAGCUUGCUGUGGUGAUCAACGUGACACAACCGCUUUGGAUCUCUCCCUUCGUUCGAAUGCUGACAAGGCCACCGAAUCAGCUGCUGAUGCGAACGGGAAACGUAAACUCAGCGAGGACAGCGUUGAUGACGACGCCGACGUCGAUGCCGCUGUUCCCGAAGGCCCGUCGAAACGUAUCAGGAACCUUCAACAAAGCCCUUCUCCUGCCGCUGACGACCUGGCCGAUCUUCCUACUCCAACUUUGGCUUAUGUGGCCGUUCCUGCAAGCGCCACAACACCGCACGUUGAGCCUCCCGAGCAGCCGGAUCUUCCUGCUCAAGCCAUCGAACCUGUGGUUGCACCAUCUACAGUUUCCUCAGGUAACUACAUUUCGAGUAUAUGUCCGGCCGAGGCAGGACGCGAUACUGCACCACAAUUAAGUGAUUUUCAAUCCAGCCAGUACUAUGUCCUGUUCGACGACGACGGCAACAUAAUCCAGCGAACUCCUGUGACACCACCCUUCAUUGUACAACCUGCGCUUUCUGUCGACGUUGCUGAUCCUUCCAUCGAGCCAACAGCUGACUGCGAGACUGCCAUGGAUACUUCAACAGGCCUUCCGAAUGACCAGCAGCCUGCCGUUGAUCUUCCUGGUCUUGGCCAACCGGCUCAACCCAACGUGACUGAACAACUCCUCAUUGCCAACCCUCCGAGCCAACACAAAACUGUCGAACCCCGCGUUUCAUCCGUCUCCGCAAACUGUGCCAUCCCCGUGGGACAGCACACGCUCAGCCGAGCUGAAUUUCACUCAGUUCCAGUUAACUUCUCGAGCCAUCCUGAUGUUUUCGGACCCUGCUGCUCAUCCAACACCGCAACGGUUUCCACCUCCGUGGGACAGUCCACGCCAAACCGAGCUGAGUUUUACCCAGCGAAUUUCUCGAGCAAACACGUUGUUUCCGGGUCCUGCGGUACAACCACCGGUUCCACAGCCGGUGAACUGCCCACGCCGAACCGUGCCGAGCCUCGCGCAUUUUUUGUAUUUCGGUCAGCAAACAUCUCAGACCAACCCGGCGUGUUUAGGUCUGUCGCCACGCCAAGCCACGCCAGAGCAAACCGUGUUGCUAUGACGACCAGUUCCAUAGGACCUGCUGUGCAGAACGCGAAUUUCCCAGUACCGCAAUUCAUCCAGCCAGUUAACUCGACAACCAGCUACUACCACCUUGGACAAAAUCCACCAGUCGCCGGACGAUACCACUCAGCCUUGCAGAACGUGACUUCCCCGGCACCGCAUUUCAUCCAGCCAGGUAAUUUGACAACCGGUAUAUGUCCGGCCGGAGCACCCGGUACUGCCCCGCCUCUCAGUGGUUUUCAACCCGUUCCAGUAAACACGACGACCAGCUUCAACCGCCAUGGACAAAAUCCACCAGUCACCGGACGAUACUACUCUGUCUUGCAGAACGUGACUCCUCCGGCACCGCAAUUCAUCCGGCCAGGUAAUUUGACUACCGGUAUAUGUCCGGCCGGAGCACCCGGUACUGCCCCGCCUCUCAGUGGUUCUCAACCCGUUCCAGUAAACACGACGACCAGCUUCAACCGCCAUGGACAAAAUCCACCAGUCACCGGACGAUACUACUCUGUCUUGCAGAACGUGACUUCCCUGGCACCACAAUUCAUCCGGCCAGGUAACUUGACUACCGGUAUAUGUCCGGCCGGAGCACCCGGUACUGCCCCGCCUCUCAGUGGUUUUCAACCCGUUCCAGUGAACGCGACGACAAGCUUCAACUACCCUGGACACAAUCUACCAGGCGCCGGACAAAACAACUCCGCCUUGCAGAACGUUACAUCCCCGGCACCGCAACACUUCCGGCCAGCUGCUGUGAGGGGUAAUUCCGCACGUCGUCGAAGAAAUCCACCGAUCCCCGGACAAGCAUCGCUGCCAGUCUUUCGAUUUGGUUCGUCGCACUCAAGUGAACCAUCUCUGGUACCACAGCAAUACCUCAACAACUACGCCCAGUCAGAACCAUCGCUCGCUAACAACGCCCAGCUGACUCAGCCGUACCUGAUGCCUCAAUCUCGCAACCCGUUACCUCGUGGACCAUCUCCGGUAUCCAACCAAUCACGGCCAUCAACACGGUCGAAUGAUACAUCGAUCUUAUGCUGGGAAUCAACUCUGGCUCCCCCACCCACCUGUAACAGCCAAUCGUUUGCUACCAAAUCGUUUUAUGUAAAACCUUUCGACCCUCAGACCACUGAAGAACAAAUCGUAGCCUACAUCCAGGGUAGAACGGGGUGGGACGCUAGCCAUUUUAAUUGCCGUCGGCUGACUUCUGAUUCUCGCUCAGAUGCCCGUCCUUUGACAUUUGUGUCGUUCAAAGUCACCGUGCCUGACCAUCCUGACUUCAUUCACUCUAUCUGUGACAAAGAAUUCUGGCCUUCUUUCGUCAGCGUUGAUGCUUUCACACUAAAACGUCGUUCAUAGCAACUAAUUUCCCUCCAAGCCAGCCCUCCUGUGGAGUCGACUGCUGCCCUUUCGCUGUACUACCAAAACCUAGGAGGAAUUAACACAUGCAUCGCCAAGUACAAACUUGCAUGCUCCGAUGCUGCCUACGACUUCUAUGCGUUUACUGAAACUUGGCUCAAAAGCGAUACACUUUCUAGUUUGCUUUUUGACAACUCUUACACUGUUUAUCGUAAAGAUCGAGACAAACUCACAAGCCCAAAGGAGACUGGUGGUGGUGUUCUCCUGGCUGUUCGCAAAGAAUUUGAGUCCUAUUUACUUCAUCCACCGAACACAUCUGGGAUCGAGUCGGUUUGGGUGGCAGUACACCUUACCUUGAAAACCGUUUACAUUUGCGUGGUUUACAUUCCGGCAGAUCGGUCUAAAGACGAAUCUCUCUUCGAACAGUAUCUAAGUUCAUUGUCGUGGGUGGUGUCUCGCAUGAAGACUAACGACAGCUUGUGUAUUUUGGGUGACUUUAACCAGAGUCAGCUCCGAUGGUCUC